UCUUCUCUAUUCAAUUUUCACCCAUCAUUUUCUUCCUUUCCUCCUUGUCUCUAAUCAAACUCCAUCUCUUAAAGAUAGAUGGUCAACUUAAUAAUUAGUUAGUCAAUUCCAUAAUCCAAUCCUUAUAAUUUUCGAUUAUUUAAAUUGACAGUGUGCUCGUAGCUAUCCAUUCCCAUUAUUAAACAAACAUAUCACAAGACUUUUGAUCUCUCAAAGCAAGCAGCAAGCUCUUCCAUGGCGAAGCUUACAUCAGAGCUAACAAUGGACACUCUACCCUCGUUGGAUCCCCAAUUCGACGUUUCAUCGCUUCUCAAUUACUGUCGUUUUCAUGUCGACGGCUUCCCUUCUGCUGUUACGCCCUCUCAUCUCUCUAUUCGUCAGUUUGGUCAUGGUCAGUCAAACCCUACAUUCUUAUUGCAAGUUAAUGGGGAUGAUAUCUCGAAGCGGUAUGUCCUGAGGAAAAGACCCCCAGGAAAACUGCUCCCUUCUGCACAUGCUGUCGAGAGAGAAUUUAAGGUCUUACAUGCCUUGGGUACUCAUACCAAGGUACCAGUUCCAAAGGUCUUUUGCUUGUGUACUGAUACUAGCGUCAUUGGAACCUCUUUUUAUAUUAUGGAGUAUUUAGAUGGUCGCAUAUUUUUGAAUCCAAAACUUCCGGGCAUGGAACCACUCAAGAAGAGUAAAAUUUAUCGAGAGUUCGCUCGCGCGUUAGCUUCUCUACAUCAAGUUGAUGUUGAUGCUAUUGGUCUAGGAAAAUUUGGACGUCUUGACAACUAUUGCAAAAGGCAGGUUGAAAGGUGGGGAAAGCAAUAUCUGGCAUCAACAUCAGAAGGUAAGCCAGAGAGAAACCCAAAAAUGCUCAAGUUAUUCAGCUGGUUGCAAGACAAUAUACCUCUGGAAGAUUCAUCUGGAUCUGCUUCUGGUCUAGUUCAUGGUGAUUUUCGGAUUGAUAAUCUUGUCUUCCAUCCAGAUGAGGAUCGAGUUAUUGGAAUAUUGGACUGGGAACUGUCUACUCUUGGAAAUCAAAUGUGUGAUGUUGCUUACAGUUGCUUGCCAUAUGUUGUAGAUGCUUCUAUUGAUAAGAUAGGUCAGGACAAAGGGCUUGAAGAAACCGGAAUACCAGAGGGGAUUCCAUCAAUGGCUGAAUAUGUAGCGGAUUACUGUUCUGGAGCGGGAAAACCAUGGCCUGCUGCUCAUUGGAAGUUCUACAUUGCUUUCUCUCUGUUUCGUGCAGCAGCUAUUUAUGCAGGCGUCUACAACAGAUGGAUUAUGGGUAAUGCUUCAGGAGGAGAGCGAGCCAUCCAUGCUGGAGAAAAAACUAAUGUUCUUGUAGACUAUGCAUGGUCAUUUAUUGCUAAAACUACCGUACUUCCGGAGCGACUUCCAUCUGGCACAUUGUCUCAAGAUCAUACCCACAAGAAUGAUCUUCGACAUGGAAUUCCAGAUUCUGUGAAGGAUGGAGGCAAAUUUGUUUCUAGUGAAAGGGUAAUAGCAUUCAGGAACAAAUUGAUCAAAUUCAUGGAGAAUCAUAUAUACCCCAUGGAGAAUGAGUUCUAUAAACUUGCUCUGAGUCCCUCUCGUUGGACGGUUCACCCUAUGGAAGAGAAGUUGAAGCAGCAGGCAAAGGAAGAAGGUUUAUGGAAUUUAUGGAUACCUUUAGAUAGUGCUAAGCGUGCUAGAGAAUUGUUUUCUGAUGGAAAAGGCCAGAGCUUCUUGGAAGAUGGACGUGGUAAUUUACUUGGAGCAGGGCUCUCAAAUCUUGAAUAUGGACAUCUGUGUGAGAUUAUGGGUCGUUCUGUUUGGGCUCCUCAAAUUUUCAAUUGUGGAGCACCUGAUACCGGAAAUAUGGAGGUUUUACUGCGCUAUGGAAAUAAAGAUCAACUAGAAGAAUGGCUUAUUCCAUUGCUUGAUGGAAAAAUACGUUCUGGGUUUGCAAUGACAGAACCGCAAGUGGCAUCUUCUGAUGCUACAAAUAUUGAGUGCUCAAUAAUAAGAGAUGGAGAUUCGUACGUCAUUAAUGGAACCAAGUGGUGGACAAGUGGAGCUAUGGAUCCUAGGUGCAAACUUCUCAUUGUUAUGGGUAAAACAGAUUUUACUGCCCCAAAGCACAAGCAACAGUCUAUGAUUCUUGUUGAUAUCAAAACUCCUGGCGUGCAUGUCAAACGACCACUUAUGGUGUUUGGCUUCGAUGAUGCCCCACACGGUCAUGCUGAAGUUUCCUUUCAUAAUGUACGUGUGCCAGCGAAGAACAUCCUACUGGGAGAAGGACGUGGAUUUGAAAUUGCUCAGGGUAGGUUAGGACCUGGAAGGCUACAUCAUUGCAUGAGACUUGUUGGUGCUGCAGAGCGUGGUAUGCGGAUGAUGGCUGAAAGAGCUCUUCAACGUAGGGUUUUUGGUAAACUGAUUGCUCAGCAAGGCUCAUUCCUUUCGGAUGUUGCCAAGUGCCGGAUAGAGCUAGAAAAAACCAGACUUCUGGUUCUGGAAGCUGCUGACCAACUUGAUCGACUUGGUAAUAAAAAGGCUCGGGGAACCAUUGCAAUGGCCAAGGUGGCUGCUCCAACAAUGGCGCUGCAGGUGCUUGACAUGGCUAUGCAGGUGCAUGGCGCCCUGGGCUUGUCAUCGGACACUGUGUUAUCACAUUUAUGGGCUACAGCAAGAACCCUAAGAAUCGCCGAUGGUCCAGAUGAGGUUCACUUGGGUACUAUUGCCAAAUUAGAGCUGCAAAGAUCCAGGAUUUAAAGGAUUCUGUCAUGCAGAAACAGAACUACAAGUUCCUAAGCUAUCUUUCUAUUAUUGGGUGACCCAGUAAUUUGGAAAUGCUGCUGAAGAAAUGACAAAUAAGCAAAAAAAAUCUAUAGUAGAGCGGGAGUUUAGGUGGCAGUCACAAAUGGCAUUUAGAUGAUAGAAUUUUAUACUAUGGCGGGAAAUACAAAAUAUAAAAAUUUGUUGUAUACAUAUGUGCAAUGGCAAAUAUAGAAUAUUUAAAGUCGGUGUGUGUAUAUAACCCAAAAUAAAAAAUAAAAAAUAAAGCAUGAGACUUAUUUUUCCUCG